UUAAAAUUCCCCUUCUCCCCUAGAUUUUCUUCUUAUUUUUUACUCCAAAUUUUAUUUUAUUUAGGGUUGAGGUUGAGCACCAAUUCUCUCUCUGUGAUCUGCAUUGCUUCGCUCCAGCGACACUCCCUGGUUGUUCGCGCGGCCCAUAGAUAAGGGAUGCCUCGAUAUUACUGCGAUUAUUGUGACACUUACUUGACACAUGAUUCUCCUUCGGUUAGAAAGCAGCAUAAUUCUGGAUAUAAACACAAGGCUAAUGUGAGGAGUUAUUAUCAACAAUAUGAGGCACAACUUAACCAGAGUUUGAUUGACCAAAGGGUCAAGGAGCACCUUGUUGCGUUUAGGGCACCUGCUCCUCCUUAUGGACAAAUGAGACCUGGAUUGCCUGUUUUUCCUACCCCAGGGCAAAAUCCUAUGGCAGGCAAUCCUCAAUUACCAGCUGGUACUCCCUUAAUCCCAGGAUUUCGGCCACCAAUGUUACCACGACCACUGCCGCCUGGUUAUGUAUCUGGUCCACCCAUGCCAUCUAUGGUGGCACCUCCUGGUGCCCCGAUGCCUGGUCAAGUGAAUAGUCUUCCAAGGCCACCUAUGGGUGCUCCAACUUCACUUCCAGGAAGUGCAGGAAUGGCUACACCUACUGGUGCCCCUCCAAUGUAUGCACCUCCUCCUAUGCCUCAAGGAGGUAUACCUGUGCCAACUAGUGCGGCUGGUGAUAGCUCGAGUAACUCUCAAGUGCCUCCUGAGCCUAACCAUUAGUCCGGUUAAGAUAUGUUUGUGCACCAAACUUACCCGUGAUUGAUCCAUGAUACGAGUUGGUGAGAGGGAUGCUUUUGGAAGAAAUACCCAGAAGAGGGGACAUAAUUUCUUCCCCAUAGGAUUUGGUGUAGAAAAAUCUUAGAAUAUAGCCUGACAUUUUUUGGCAUUCUAGGUUUAUUGGAAUUUAGAACUACUUGCAGGAAUUUAUGUUGUAUGCAUUUUGAUAUAUAACAUUGAAGUGUUCUCAUUAUAUUAUGACACCAAAUUUGUAAUACAUUUUUUUGGCAUCACUAUCAUGUUAGAUAGUUUCAAAGACAUGGUAACUCUCUUACAUGUUUGAAACUAAAUUGGCUUUG